AUGGCCUUCAAGCUCGCUCUCCUCCUUGUUGCCUGCCUGCUGGUCUUUACCACCUGUGCCAAAGAGAAGGGAAAGCUUGAUUCCUUCCUGGAGGGAUUCGUCGUCGAGGGCCCCGUGAACUACUACGAGGUCGAUGAGGCCCGUGCUAUGGAAAGUUCCGUCCUUGCACGCCGUGCCGAAGCUGCUACUGUCACCAUUACCGAGACCGUUUGUGGAUCUGAUGGACCUACUUCCGCCGGAGAACCGCCCAUCUUCUCGAUUCCCGAGACCACCCUCGUGACUGAUACCGACACUUCCGGCCCUGUCCCCACGACCGUGCAGCCUCCCGUCUCGUCUCAGUCUUCUGGAGCUGGCGGUGUCACUUCUGUUGAGCCUACCUCGGCUGGUGCUCCCUCUAGUUCCUCUCACGGACAAACCACCACUACGCUCCACCAUACCACCUCGUCUGCUUCUGGCACGUCCACUUCUGCUGACGGCUCUGAGGCUCCCACUGCAAUUUCAGCCUCUCCGACCUCAACGGCUGCUCCUACUGCUAAUGCCGGGUUUACCCGGGGUGGGAUGAGCAGUGUUGUUCUCGCGUUGGCCUUGACCUUCGUUCGCAUCUUCGGGGUCUAG